CCCAACUACUGUGCACUGAGGUUACCUCCAAGGCUCCAACCUAAACCUUCCGGUGCGGACAUAGCAAAAUUUCGGACGAACACGGAAUCUACCGUUUGUUCGAGCCAACUCCGCUCACAGUGUAACUUGAGUCCGUUCUGUCCAAGCUCAUUCAUCCCUACAAAUGCUUGCAAGAAGAGCGUCGACCUUCGCGCGCAGCUUCGCCACUGUCAUCGACAAUGCCGGGGUCAAGGUAGCAGCCAUCGACAACGGUCAACCCACCACCGCUGUCACCUUCCUCGUCAAGGCUGGCAGCCGAUACGAGCCUAAACCUGGUGUCGCGCAUACGCUGAAAAACUUUGCUUUCAAGAGCACUGCCAAAAGGUCGGCAUUGGGCACGGUCAGAGAGAGUGAAUUGUACGGUGGCGUCCUUUCUGCAAGUCUGUCUCGUGAAUAUUUGGCACUCACUUCCGAGUUCUUGCGUGGUGAUGAGUCAUUCUUCGUCGACCUCAUGUCUUCCUUCCUCACGUCUAGCAAGUUCCAGCGACAUGAAUUCCAAGAGUACGUUCUCCCUGUAGUUGAAGCCGAGAGCACUGCUGCCUCGCAAAACCCCGCAACGCACGCACUCGAACUCGCACAUUCGCUCGCUUUCCGUUCUGGCCUCGGUUCCUCCCUUUUCGCAUCCCCACACAGUCAUGUCUCCCUUGACGAUGUCAAGGAAUUUGCAGCUCGUGCAUUUAGCAAAGGCAACAUCGCUGUCUUGGGUACUGGCAUCGACUCAGCUGCGCUCACACAGUUAGUCGAGAAAGCGCUUGCAGGCGCAUCUGUCGGCAAUGUGGCUGUGGAGAGUAAACCAUCGACGUACUUUGGUGGCGAGACACGGCUGGAGUCGCAUGGGGGUCCUGAGACGGUGUUCAUUGGCUUUGGUGCUGCCGGUCCCGCGGACCCCGCGCUUGCUAUCCUUUCGGCGCACCUCUCGCCUCAGCCAUCUGUCAAGUGGUCGCAGGGCCUUUCGCCUAUUUCUGCUGCCAUCCCGCAGGGCACGUCGGUGCAGCCUGUUCUUAUAUCGUAUUCGGAUGCAACGCUUUUCGGUCUGCUUGUCCAGGGCUCGAGCCCCGAAGGGGUGAAGGAGGCUGCCAAAGUUGCUACUAAUGCAUUGAAGGAAUCGACCGGGCUCAAUGGUGAUGCUCUUAAAACGGCAGUGGCUAAAGCCAAAUUUGCUGCUGCUAGCUCUCUAGAUGGUCGUGAUGGAAUUCUCGGCGCUCUCAGUACCAAGGUCUUUGCAAACUCGGAUGCUUCGAUCGAAGCUACGCUAGCAUCGAUAGAUAAGAUUGAUGCUGCUGCAUUCUCGAGGUCUGUCGCCGCGAUCACGCAAUCCAAGCCCACUUUUGUUGCUAUUGGGAGUGUGCAGGCAUUACCGUUCACAGAUGAACUUGGCCUUUGAACUAGAUGAUAAUAUUGAUAGACCAUCGCUUUACAUUAUGUGCUAGCGAAAAAAUAUUCCUUCCUUCAACUUUGACUUUGCGUUCGGAUACGAUGUCCGAGAUACUGCCGGUUUUCCGAUAAACUUUCGGGCCUAGAUUCUAGAAGCUCUAGAACUCGAAGUCUUGAACAAGCAUGUACUAGACUAAUCAUAGCUACUAAGUAUACGUACAUAUACACAUGGUUGCUUGAUCCACGCGUUA